AUGUCACCAACAAUAACCCUACGAGGAAGGAUCACAUUCACGUUAAAGAAAUUUCUUAUCGGUGGUAGCAUGACGGCAUCGCACUACACCGGCCCGGGUGAGCUACUCCUUGCGCCCCCCAUCCUGGGAGACAUCAUCGUCCAUGAGAUCAAUCCGGGAGACAAAUGGAAUGUGGGACGGGAUUCCUUCCUAGCCCACACUUCUGGUGUUUGCCAUGAGUACAAGCGUCAGGAUCUAAGCAAGGGGUUCUUCUCUGGAGAAGGGUUCUUCGUUUACAAGUUCACGGGCCAGGGGUUGUUCUGGAUGCAAAGCUUUGGAGCAAUCAUCAAGAAAGACCUGGUGGAAGGGGAGGCUUACUUCAUUGACAAUGGCCACCUUGUUGCAUGGAACUGCAAAUACGAUAUUGAGCGGGUUGCCUCUGGCGGUCUGCUUUCUAGUUUCAGUUCUGGCGAAGGACUGGCUUGCAAAUUCAAAGGCCCGGGAACUGUAUAUCUGCAAACCAGAAACCUCAACGCCUUUGCUGCCCAGAUGAAGAUCAGCACCGCUAGUGGGUGA